CGGCCAAAUUUCUAUGUCAAGUUGUGCGUUUCAUUUUUCCGUUCUUUUCCGAUUUUCGCUUCAUUGACCGACUGACCGUGUCUUGUGUAUGUACGUCAAUAGUGUUUGUGUAUGUCCUCAAACGGGUUAAAUAAGGCAAGCAAAAAAAAAAAAAAAAUUAACACACGUAUAUCAUCAUAAUAAUAAUGACGAUAAUCGAAAAAUGACAUAACAUUGUGAUCUGAAAUUAAAAUCAAAUUCAAUUUUUGAUUAGAAAUGUGGUAAUUUUUAUUAUAACAUAUCAGAUGAGACCAAUCAUAUCAUUACCGGAACGAAACAUAUCAAAAUAUGCAAAACGCAUCUUCCUCUUUUUCCUCUUCAUCUCAACCGCAGCAGCAGCAGCAACAACAACAACAACAACAGCAAUGGUCACCAUUGUCACGACCAAUGUCCAGUCAAGCAAUGACAAAACGUGAUCGUUAUCAAAGUAGCCCGUCCAUGUCAUUAUCGGCAAAUACAUCACCACAGCCACAAUUAUCACCGGGUAAAACAACAACAUCACCAUUAAUGAUGAUGAUGACAAAGUCACCACAAACAAAUGUUGCUCGAAGUCCAACGGACCAAUUAUUAGUCAAUUAUCAAUGUGGUAUAUUGAAUGCAAGCACACCACCAUUAUCACGAAGACGACGACAUUCUAAAUUACAUUUACGUAUUGCAUCUGAAUUAAGUGUUGAUCAAAGUGAAAGUACUUCACAUGCUGCCAUACGACAAGAAGAUUCACAGGAAUCUGGUCAGAAUUCGGCUCAAAGUAAUAAUAAUAAUAAUAAUCGACCAAUGAAAGAACGAUAUCGAAUCGUUAUAUUAGGAUCAAGUGCUGUAGGCAAAACGGCAAUUGUCGAAAGAUUUUUAUAUGGUUCAUUUGCUGAUCGUCAUUGUGCAACGGUUGAAGAAUUACAUAAAGGUGAAUAUGAAAUACCCGGUGGUGGUUGUAUACCAUUGGAAAUUCUUGACACAAGCGGAUCAUUCGAAUUUCCAGCCAUGCGAAGAUUAGCUAUUUCUACCGGAGAUGCAUUUGCAUUAGUCUAUUCAAUUGAUGAUCAAUCAUCAUUUGAAGAGAUUAAAAAUAUUCGUGAAAUGAUUAAAGAGGUUAAAGGUAAUCAACAGCCAAUGUCACCGAUUGUUGUUGUUGGUAAUAAAAAUGAUCUCGAUGAUGAUGAUGAUAAUGAUGAUGAUCAUAGCGAUAGUGAUGAUAAUGAUGAGAAGAAAAAAUCUAAACAAUCAUUAAAACGACGACAGGUUAAAAUGGAAAUGGCCGAAUGUGAAUGUAUUGAUUGGGAAUAUGGUUUUGUUGAAUGUUCGGCUAAAAAUAAUAAAAAUAUUGUCAAUAUUUUUUCCUGUAUGCUUAUACAGGCACGUCUAAAUGGAACAUUAAAUGUUAUACCAAAAUAUAGCUCAAAAGGUCAUCAUCACCAUCAUCAUAUCAACGAUCAACACGGUUUAUCAACUGCAGGAUCCGGUAAUCGUUUUCAACAACGACGACGAUCAAGUCUACCGAUAAGUGAAUUAUUUCAUCGAUCAUCAUCAAGUAGAUCGAAUGAUCGUUCAAGUGGUGGUGGCAGUGGUCAUGGUCAUUCAUCAUUUACAAAGAAUAGUUGUACACCAUCCUAAAAUAAAAACGUCCAAGAAUUAAGGAAGAAAAAUGAACAAUGAAACAAUUUUUUUGGGAAUCAAAAAUUCUUCCUUAUUUCAUCCACUUUAAGCAAUAGACAGCAACAGCAAUACACUUGAUAUUUUUAGAUCGAUCCACAUUAUUUAACUUUGAAAAAAAUAUACCCAAAUUCAAACAAAAAAAAAUCCGACCAAAAACACACUCAACCACAUUUCACUGAUGGAUAAUGUCCAAAAUCACCAUAAUCAAACACAUUGAUACAUACAUAUCACCAAUUUAAUCUGAUGUUGUCCAAUCAAUUGAUUGAUUGAUUGAUUUUUUUUUGAAAAAAUAAAAAAAAAUGAAAAUUUCAGUUUAA